UGAGGAAUUGGCAACACGCCAGAGGAAAGAAUAGUAGCUAGCGGUUAAUAGUGGUCAACAUGCCGACUGUCAGUGUCAAAAGGGAUCUUCUGUUCCAUGCCUUGGGCAGAACAUACACUGAUGAAGAAUUUGAUGAGUUGUGUUUUGAGUUUGGGCUGGAGCUCGAUGAGAUUACCUCCGAGAAGGACAUCAUCAGUCGUGAACAGGGGGACACCAAGGCAGAGGGGGCGUCUGAUGUGAUUCUGUAUAAGAUUGAUGUCCCAGCUAACCGCUAUGACCUGCUGUGUCUGGAAGGACUGGUCAGGGGCCUGCAGGUCUUCAAGCAGAAGAUGGAAGCCCCUCGCUACAGGCGUGUGAGUCCAGCCAGCAGAACGCCUCAGAGGCUGGUCAUCACAGAGGAGACGGCUGCUGUGCGACCCCAUGCUGUGGCUGCAGUCCUGAGGAACAUCACCUUCACACAGGAACGCUACGACAGCUUUAUCGAACUACAGGAGAAACUCCAUCAGAACGUCUGUAGGAAAAGGACUCUGGUUGCCAUCGGCACCCAUGACCUGGACACCAUUUCAGGCCCCUUCACCUACACAGCCAAGCCACCUGGUGACAUCCGCUUCAAACCUCUCAAUCAGGCAAAGGAGUACACCGCACAGGAACUCAUGAGCCUCUACAAGACAGACAGCCACUUGCGACACUAUCUGCACAUCAUUGAAGACGAGCCUUUAUAUCCUGUCAUCUAUGACAGCAACGGCAUUGUCUUGUCUAUGCCUCCAAUCAUCAAUGGGGACCAUUCCAAAAUCUCCUUGAAUACAAAGAAUGUUUUUAUCGAGUGCACAGCCACUGAUCUUACCAAGGCAAAAAUCGUGUUGGACAUGAUGGUGACGAUGUUCUGCGAGUAUUGUGAAGAGCCUUUCACGGUAGAGGAGGCUGAGGUGGUGUACCCAGACGGCAGGACCUGCCAGUACCCGGAGCUGGCUUACAGGAAGGAGACUCUGUCAGCAGACUUCAUCAACCGCAAAGUUGGCAUCAGUGAGUCGACUGAGCACAUCGCCCAGCUAUUGACCAAGAUGUGCUUGCUCUCAGAGGUCAUGAGCGACGGCGAACAGAUCGAGGUGGAGAUCCCGCCCACGCGCUCUGACGUCAUCCACGCCUGUGACAUCAUGGAGGAUGCCGCCAUGGCGUACGGUUUCAACAAUAUUCCCCGCACCACGCCGCGCACCUAUACCGUAGCCAAUCAGCUCCCACUGAAUAAGCUGUCAGAGCUGCUGAGACAGGACCUGGCUGCUGCUGGAUUCACGGAGGCCCUCACCUUCGCCCUGUGUUCUCAGGAGGACAUAGCUGACAAGCUGUUGAAGAACAUCUCAGAGACCAGAGCAUGUCACAUCUCCAACCCCAAGACAGCUGAGUUCCAGGUGGCGCGCACCACCCUGCUCUCAGGCCUGCUGAAGACUGUGGCUGCCAACAGGAAGAUGCCUCUGCCUCUCAGGCUGUUUGAGAUCUCAGACGUGGUGCUCAAGGAUGAAACCAAAGACGUGGGGGCCAGGAAUAACCGUCGUCUGUGUGCCGUCUACUACAACAAGAGUCCUGGGUUCGAGGUGAUCCACGGCCUGAUGGACCGGGUCAUGCAGCUGCUGGAGGUCAAACCAGGCCAGGGCAAGGGCUACCACAUCCAGGCUGCCGACGAUUCCACCUUCUUCCCUGGUCGCUGUGCUGAGAUCUUUGCGCGAGGGAAGAGCAUAGGACGCCUCGGGGUCCUUCACCCUGAUGUCAUCAACCGCUUUGAGCUCACCAUGCCAUGCUCCGCCCUGGACAUCGACAUCGAGCCCUUCCUGUGAUGUCACACGCCGAACCUGUAACACCACCAAACUCAUCAACCAACACAGGUUCAUCUACUCAUGCUCAGUCCAUCUCAACACAGGCUUUCCCAGCUCCAGCAGAGUACGGCCCAACCUGCCCCAGCGGAACUCACAUUUUCACGCAAAUCUCCCAUGGACAUCACAUUGAAAACUUGAGAUAUGAGUGCGAAAGUUAGGAUUCGGCCCCAAAUGAAUUGUUCAGUUUAUAUAAUGCGUGGUAUUUCUGUUGGACAAAUGUACAACUGUGUAUGAAGUAACCAUAUAAACUGUAGGCUGGUAGAUACAAAGUAUGUGGCUGUAUUUUUAUCUCCAUGGUAAUUAAUGUUAAUAUAAGAUGUCAGCCUGACUCAGUCCUGUGUUUCUGAAUUAAUCUCAGUCCUGCUUCACAUGAGCUUUAACCCAUAUACUGUACUGUACCAUUUAAAGACAUUGCUCUAAGCAAUAGUAUUGAUUCCAGUCAUUUACAUUUUAAAGGUUUGUCAUACAGUAUAUAGGCCUUAUGCACUGUAUGAGUAUUAAAUAACAGGAAGCCACGAAGCUGUGGUUCAACAGG